GCAGAAGAAACGAGAAGCGCGCGGGUCUCCUUCCCUUCCCGUUCGCGUCUAGACAGCAAGAGGAACCGCAGAAGAGACCGGGAACACACACACGGUGAGACGGACACGGAUGGUCAUUUUAUUUUCCCGAGCUCGCUGUAACCACGAGAGGGGUCUGUGGUGGCCGGAGAAAGUUUGGGCACUGAAGAGUACAGGGCAGCAGAGAACCGGACACCAGGAGUCACAACACCGGCGCAUGGAGCUGCCCACGGCGCCCUGAAACACAUCCGCUUCCUGGAGAAGAAUCAGCCCGAGUGGACAUGCACAGAGCCUGGAUGUUGCUGCUCCUGUUUAAGGAGGGCUUCGCUCUGGCUCAGAAAACCAAAGAGCCCCAGAGUGCGGUCCAGUUGCCCCCUAAGUCAGGUCGGCAGAAGCCUGAUAACUGUGGCACGUGGGUGCGCAACCUCAACGGGGGCGAGUUCACCUCCCCUAACUACCCCAACUCCUACCCCCCCAACAAAGAGUGUGUCUUCAUCUUAGAGGCUUUCCCUCGUAAGAGGAUCCAAUUGGAGUUUGAUGACCUCUAUUACAUUGAGACGUCGUUUGAGUGUCGCUUUGACAACAUCGAGGUCCGUGACGGUCCCUUUGGCUUCUCGCCGCUGAUUGACCGCUUCUGCGGGUCGCGCAGUCCUGGCCUGGUCACUUCCACUGGACGCUUCAUGUGGAUCAAGUUCAGCAGCGACGAGGAGCUGGAGGGGCUGGGCUUCAAGGUGCGCUACACCUUCCCCACGGACCCAGAGUUCCACCUGCACGUGGGGGGGCUCCUCAACCCCAUACCAGAUUGCCAGUUUGAUCUGACAGGGCCAGACGGCACCAUCCGUUCCAGUCAGGUGGAUGAGGAGGGGAAGGUGAAGCCUGAGGAGGCUGUAGACUGCAUCUGGACCAUCAGAGCACCGCCCAGAUCUAAGGUGUACCUGCGUUUCCUGGAGUAUCAGAUGGAGAACUCUAACGAGUGCAAGAAGAACUUUGUGGCGGUGUAUGACGGCAGCAGCGCCAUCGAGGACCUGAAGGCCAAGUUCUGCAGCACGGUGGCCACCGACAUCAUGCUGGACAACGAGGUGGGCGUCGUCCGCAUGUGGGCUGACGAGACCAGCCGCCUAAGCCGCUUCCGCAUGCUCUUCACCACCUUUGCCGACCCUCCGUGCGGUCCCAACACAUUCUUCUGCCAUAGCAACAUGUGCAUCAACAACUCCCUGGUGUGUAACGGCGUGCAGAAUUGUGUGUUCCCCUGGGAUGAGAGCAACUGCAAGGAAAAGAAGUCUAAGGGCUUCUUUGCGCAGAUGAGCCGGACCCACAGCAUGGUGAUUGCUGGGAGCUCAGGCCUGGUGAUGCUGCUGCUGAUUGCGUCCAUCGUGGUCCAGGUGCGCCAGCCGCGCAAGAAGGUUCUGGCCCGCCGCUACAGCCGCGCGGAACUGCACGAGGCCCUGGAGCUGGAGCCACCACACUACGAACUGUUCUCUCUGCAGCAGGAGCGGCGUCUGUCCUCUGCGGAGAUGGGCGACCUGUCCCAGGAGCUGGACAGCUUCCAGAAGCUGCUUGGCGCAUGCCCAGCGCAUCCCGCCAAGGCCCACGAAGUGCAGGCGCUGAGCCGUGGCGCGGGGUUGCGGGGGUUCGGCAGCUGGCACGGGCCCUGCCGGGCAGUCGCCGGGGGUAUUGGUCACUCCCACUCUGCACACGCCGCACACAUGCACAGCACGCACAGCCUGGACGAGGACCCUGGCGAGGAGGAGGAGGAGGAGGAGGAGGAGGAGGAGGAGGGACUGGAUGUGGCGGAGGACGAAGGCUAUGCACGCGAGAUGGACGGCACCAGCAGCCUGGAGCAGAGGGUCAUGGAGGAGAUCGGCUGCCAGGCCUUCGGCUGCAGCCAUAACCAUGGCAACACCAUACAACAGAGAUCCCUCUCCAUGGACUUCUGA